UUGUUUAACUAAGUCACGCAUGCUGCAAGGGCUUGUUGACAGGGAAGACAUUUCAAACUAUCUUAUCAUUUGCAAAAUCAUUAGGGGUUUUGAGCAAUUAAUUUUAAGUAACUUCCUGGUGUCAUUUGAGGUCAGAUCCACCUGGGCCCUACGUGCUUGCUGCCCAGAACAAUGACACCAACAAUAACAAUGGCCUCUGGAUGUGUUUCACCGAUCUGAGAGUCUGAAAUGUGUCAUAAGGACACAGUACACCGCGGUCAGGUGGUGUGCCCACCGAGUCACUGGAGCACAAACAAGAUGGUGAUAACCCGCCUACAACCAGCAGACAAAAAAGGCCUUUGGACACUAGACCUACAUGGGAUAAGAUUGCAUGUGUUUACCAAGACCUGAAACAUCAACCACGUGACGCUGACUGGUUUGGUGGCUGAACUUCAAGGUGCUUAAAGCUUACAUUUGAUGACAGCACCCAUCAGAGAGUGAGGUUCGUACAUUAGACUACGGGGGCAAGCGGUAACUUUGCACGACUGGUGACAUGGUUAGCGGCCGUCCUGGAGGAAACAGGACGUCUCUCCAACCCCUCGUAGCCGUCAUCCAAUCGUGUAAUUAAGGGCAGAAUCCCUCAGCGGAGCGGUCAGGUUGGCGUCACCGAGAGGAUCACACGCUUCUGGCCGAGCAGGCAGGAGAAGGCCCGGGGUUCAAGACAAGCAAAGCAGCUGCGCAAAGUUAAACUUUUGUGUCAUACACGGCUGCUGAACAUAACUUUAUAUGACUGUAUCCCUGAUCGUAGCAUGCUGUCAUCUCCUCAAGUGGGUAAAACUUAAAAUAUUUACCCAAUGUUUAUGUUUAUGUUAUUCCCUCUAAGCAAAACGUGUAUUGUGCAGAGCGUCACCUCCACAUCAUGAGGAGGCCACAUGCAACCCUGACUGGAGCGCCUGAAUAAUUCACGGGGCUGUUUUCAUCGGACACCACCACAGCAACUUUAGACGUUGACGUAUGGCUUAACAGACUGACCGCAUGUGUAAUUGAUGAGAUGAUGAGUCGCGUUGACUAGAAGUUGCUUAAGCAUCCCUCAACUCAGCAGCAUAACACAACGCGAACGGCAGACACGUUUCCUCGUCUGCCUCAAUGGAUUGGCUUUCAUUUAAGUAAAAAGCACUGUGCUAAAUGAAAAACUAAAUAAAUGCAUGUGUCACGAACGCACAGUUUUGAAAUCUCUGGCCUCAGACCUGAAUGCAUUUGAAACACAAGGCUUCAGAGAGAGGAUGUGACACUAUUUGGUGUAGCGCCCUGUUUAAAGAUUCAGAGGGAGCGUUCAUCCAACUGGGAUGAGCUGACAUUUUGUUUACUUCCAUGAAAUUCUGACACUAUGACCCCUUAAUCCUCACACAUUUUGAAGCUUUUGCAGUGAAGCACUGAUCUGAUAUUAUUGCAAACAGAUGCACAGAGCCAAACUCCACAGUGAAUAUGAAUUACUUUAAUUAGAAUGAGGCUUUGUGAGCUCCACUAUGCAGCACAAGCAAGCACCCUUAGAAUUUGUCUGAUUAUGUCAAUGACCUCUGGCCACCUUAAAGGAUGAUUUAUAAAAAUACAUGCUUAAUACUUUCUUUUGUUUUGCACGCAGCCUGUGUGGAUUGGCAGACUCCGCUCACAGUGACGUGUCUCAGCAGACCCCAGUUAUAGUUACCAGGCUCGGGUUCAACACUCAUGCACUAUUCAUUGGUGUAUCACAUCACUCCUGCCCAACUUCAGACUUGGACGAGCCCAAUUCUUUUCUGUAGAACUUUACUUUGUAGCCUUGUUCUUGCUGCUGUGGAAAUGUCUAAAAUGUUUAUGUAGUGUUGCAUCCAUCUCAGAGAAAAUAAAGAAGUUGCAGUUUCCCUUGAAGGGAGCCUGUUGGAGCUGCUCAGCGGAGGGAGACGAGAGCAUCAUUUUCUUGUAUGAGCACACAAACGACUGUUUUGAACCAUGAAGCGCAGUAAGCACCGUGGACACAAGGAGGACAGAAACGGAGAUGAGCCAGCCAUUCUGGAGACGGAGAACCUGGAUCGUCAGGCCAUGUUCAUGGGAGGUCCAGAUCCUGACGCCAUCUCACUGGCCUCGGUCACAGCCGUCACCACCAAUGUUUCAAAUAAGAGAUCAAAGCCAGACAUAAAGAUGGAGCCCAGUUCCGGAAGACCAGUCGAUUACCAAGUCAGUGUGACAGUCAUUGAAGCCAGGCAGCUGGUGGGGCUGAACAUGGAUCCAAUGGUCUGUGUGGAGAUUGGAGAAGAUAAAAAGUACACCUCAAUGAAGGAAUCAACCAACUGCCCGUACUACAAUGAAUAUUUUGUCUUCGACUUCCACGUCCCUCCAGAUGUUAUGUUCGACAAAAUCCUGAAGUUGUCCGUAGUCCACUCCAAAAAUCUGCUGCGUAGUGGCACCCUGGUGGGAACCUUUAAACUGGAUGUUGGCACAAUCUACUCUCACCCUGAACAUCAGUUUUACCACAAGUGGGCUUUGUUGUCAGACCCUGAUGACAUCUCAGCGGGCUGUAAAGGCUACAUUAAGUGUGAUAUUGCAGUGGUAGCCAAAGGAGACACCAUAAAGACUCCACACAAGGCCAGUGAAACAGAUGAAGAUGACAUAGAGGGCAAUCUCUUAUUACCAGAGGGGGUGCCUGCAGAGCGGCAGUGGGCUCGUUAUUAUCUGAAGAUCUACAGAGCUGAGGGACUCCCCAGAAUGAACACAAGCAUCAUGGCCAACGUCAAGAAGGCCUUCAUAGGAGAAAAUAAGGACCUGGUUGAUCCUUAUGUUCAAGUACAGUUUGCUGGGCAGAAGGGGAAAACAUCAGUCCAGAAGAGCUGCUAUGAGCCUAUCUGGAACGAGCAAAUAGUUUUCACCGAGAUGUUUCCUCCACUGUGCAAACGCAUGAAGAUCCAGAUCCGCGACUCAGAUAAAGUGAAUGAUGUCGCUAUAGGAACACACUUCCUGGACCUGCGAAAGAUUUCCAAUGAUGGGGACAAAGGCUUCCUUCCCACGCUGGGACCCGCAUGGGUUAACAUGUAUGGCUCCACUCGCACCUACACCCUGAUGGACGAGUACCAGGAGUUAAACGAAGGGCUUGGAGAGGGUGUGUCCUUCAGGGCCCGUCUGCUCAUCAGCUUGGGUGUAGAGAUCCUGGACCCCUCCUCGCCUGACAUCACCAGCUCCACAGAGGUGCAGGUGGAGGGAGUACCCAACAUCUCAGAGACUGCCACUGGGAAGGUUGAGGAGUUUUUUCUCUUUGGGUCUUUCCUGGAAGCCACGAUGAUUGACAGAAAGAUUGGUGAUAAGCCCAUCAACUUUGAGGUCACCAUAGGUUACUACGGAAAUGAGAUUGACGGGGUUGCCAAGCCAAAAACAAAGGGGAAAAAGGGGGGAGCAGAUGGCGACGAGGAGGAAACCGAGCUGAUCCACAACUCCAGUGAGGAGGAGCUGGACGAUGACGGGGACCUGACUUCAGUGGCGACUACUCCACCCAUGAAACCCGUCGUCACCGACCGAAACUACUUCCACCUGCCGUAUUUCGAGAGGAAGCCAUGUAUCUACAUCAAGAGCUGGUGGCAGGACCAGAGAAGGAGGCUGUACAACGCCAACAUUAUAGACAACAUUGCAGAUAAACUGGAGGAUGGACUGAAUGAUGUGCAAGAGAUCAUCAAGACAGAGAAGGCCUAUCCUGAGCGCAGACUGAGGGGCGUCCUUGAGGAGCUCAGCCAGGGCUGCAGUCAGUUUCUCUCGCUGGCAAACAAGGACCAGAACCAGUCUGGCAGAACCAAACUUGACAGGGAGAGACUGAAGCUCUGCCUGUCCGAAGUGGAGACCAUCGGGCAGCAAGCUAAAUCCAUGAGGUCGCAGGUGAAGAAAAGCACAGUGAGAGAUAAGAUCAAACUGGCUCAAAACUUCCUCACAAAGCUGCGCUUCCUGGCUGAUGAACCACAACACAGCGUUCCUGAUGUUUUCAUAUGGAUGAUAAGUAACGGGAAGCGCAUUGCAUACGCACGUGUUCCUUCCAAUGACAUCCUUUACUCCAGUGUGGAGGAAGAGAGAGGAAAGGACUGUGGAAAAGUCAAGACAAUCUUUCUGAGGAUCCCUGGUAAGAAAGGUUUUGGGCCUGCAGGCUGGACAGUCCAGUCUAAGUUAGAGGUUUAUCUGUGGCUGGGUCUGACUAAACAACGCAAAGACUACCUGAGUGGUCUGCCCAAUGGAUUUGAGGAAAAUAAAUUGUCCAAAGGACCGGGUCUGCCAUGCUCGCCACCCAUCAGCCUCACUUAUAUUAUGAAGCAGAUCUUCCAGCUGAGGGUCCACAUGUACCAAGCUCGCAGCCUGUUUGCUGCUGAUAGCACAGGUCUGUCAGAUCCCUUUGCAAGAGUCUUCUUCUCUACACAAAGCCAGGUCACUGAGGUGUUGGCUGAGACGCUGUGCCCGACGUGGGACCAGCUGCUGGUCUUUGAGAACGUGGAGUUGUUUGGAGAGGCCUGCGAACUGAGAGACGACCCACCUAUUAUAGUCAUCGAAAUCUAUGAUCAAGACACAGUGGGUAAAGCUGACUUCAUGGGCAGAACAUUUGCCAAACCUCUGGUCAAGAUGGCAGACGAGCACUAUGGCCCACCACGCUUCCCUCCGCAACUGGAGUACUAUCAGAUCUACCGCGGGAAUGGCAGCGCUGGAGAAAUGCUGGCAGCCUUUGAGCUGCUGCAGAUUGGCCCCAAUGGGAAAGCUGACCUGCCUCCCAUAGACGGUCCCACAGAUAUGGACCGUGGCCCGAUCCUGCCUGUACCACUCGGGAUCAGACCAGUGCUCAGCAAGUACAGGAUUGAGGUUUUGUUCUGGGGCUUGAGGGACCUGAAGAGGGUGAAUCUAGCCCAGGUGGAUCGGCCUCGUGUGGACAUUGAGUGUGCUGGAAAGGGAGUACAGUCUGCCCUCAUCCCCAACUACAAGAAAAACCCAAACUUCAGCACACUUGUCAAGUGGUUUGAAGUGGAUUUGCCUGAGAAUGAGUUGCUUCACCCGCCGCUGAACAUCCGAGUGGUGGACUGCAGGGCUUUUGGCCGCUACACUCUGGUUGGCUCCAUUGCUGUCACCACCCUGAGGAAGUUCAUCUACAGGGCAUCAGACAAGCAGGCCAACAACUGGUCCACUACAGAGGAAAUUAUCGUUGUCAACAUGGAAACUGAGCCUGCUUUUAAGAAGAUGGACACCGUGGUCAAACUAGACUCUUGUUCUGAUGCUGUGGUCAAAAUUGAGGAUGAUGAUAAGGAUGGGAAGGGGAAAAAGAGGAAGAGGAAGAAGGGCGAUGAGAUUGAAGAGGAGGAACUUGACGAGAGCAUGUUGGACUGGUGGUCCAAGUAUUUUGCCUCCAUUGACACUUUGACAGAGGCUCUCAAGGCUCAGGAAGCAGCUCUCUCUGAUUCAGAGGACAAAGAUGACAUGGACAUUGCAGACGGUGGAGAUAUCAAACCUGAUGACUCUCCUGUGAAAGGCACCAAGAGAGGAAAAGGGAAGAAGGAGAAGAAGAAGCCAGUAGAUGCGUUUGAGAAGAAAAAGCCGAAGCUCGAUGAGCUGAAGGUGUUCCCUAAGGAACUGGAGAGUGAAUUUGACAACUUUGAGGACUGGCUCCACAGUUUUAACCUGUUCAGGGGUAAAGGUGGUGAUGACGACGACCAAAACGUGACGGAUGAGGACAGAAUUGUUGGAAAAUUUAAAGGCUCACUGUGCAUGUACAAAGUGUCGGAUGACAUGCCCAGAGACAUGAGCUUCGACUCUAACAUGGGAAUGUUUCAGAACAUUCCCCACAACGAUCCCAUCAAUGUCCUCGUCCGCAUUUACGUUAUCAGGGCAACUGAUCUGCAUCCAGCAGACAUCAAUGGGAAAGCUGAUCCAUACAUUGCAAUCAAACUGGGAAAGACAGAGAUCAAAGACAAAGAGAACUACAUCUCAAAACAGCUGAACCCUUUGUUUGGCAAAUCCUUUGAUGUGGAGGCCACAUUCCCAAUGGAUUCCACACUCACUGUGUCAAUUUAUGACUGGGACCUGGUGGGAACCGAUGAUCUGAUCGGAGAAACCAAAGUUGACCUUGAGAACCGUUUCUACAGCAAACACAGAGCCACGUGUGGUAUCACAUCUAACUAUGCCACCCAUGGUUACAAUGUGUGGCGGGACCCAAUGAAACCUACUCAAAUCCUGGCUAAGCUGUGUAAGGAUGGCAAACUGGAUGGGCCUCAUUAUGGCCCCGGAGGAAGAGUGAAGGUGGAGAACCGCGUCUUCAUGGCACCGACUGAGAUAGAGGAUGAAAAUGGUUUGAAGAAGCAGACAGAUGAACAUCUGGCUCUCACCGUGUUGAAGCACUGGGAGGAAAUCCCACGGGUCGGCUGCAAGCUCGUCCCAGAACAUGUGGAAACCAGACCGCUUCUCCACCCUGAUAAACCAGGAAUUGAACAAGGGAGAAUUGAGAUGUGGGUGGACAUGUUCCCUAAGGAUAUGACUGCACCUGGGCCCGCCUUGGACAUUUCACCAAGGAAACCAAAGAAGUUUGAACUGCGGGUAAUCAUCUGGAACACAGAUGAAGUCGUUCUGGAGGAUGAUGAUAUCUUCACCGGCGAGAAAUCGAGUGACAUAUUUGUGCGAGGCUGGUUGAAGGGCCAGCAGGAGGACAAGCAGGACACAGAUGUCCACUACCACUCCAUCACCGGGGAGGGCAACUUCAACUGGCGCUUUGUCUACCCCUUCGACUAUCUCAUGGCUGAAGAGAAGAUUGUCAUAUCAAAAAAGGAGUCCAUGUUCGCCUGGGAUGAGACAGAAUACAAGAUCCCAGCUCGUCUUAAUCUCCAAGUUUGGGACGCUGACCAUUUCUCCGCAGACGACUUCUUAGGUGCAAUUGAGCUGGACCUGAACCGUUUCCCACGUGGUGCGAAGACUGCCAAGCAGUGCACCAUUGAGAUGGUGACGAAGGAGGCGGAGAUGCCCAUGGUCUCCAUCUUCAAACAGAAGAGGAUCAAAGGCUGGUGGCCGUUUGUAGCCAGAAAUGAGGAGGACGAGUUUGAACUCACGGGAAAAGUCGAAGCAGAGCUGCACCUCCUUACAGGAGAGGAAGCAGAGAGGAACCCGGUCGGUGAAGGACGCAACGAACCUGAGCCACUGGAGAAACCCAACCGCCCAGACACCAGCCUUCUGUGGUUCCUCACUCCCUUCAAAGCCAUAAAACACUUGGUCUGCAACCAGUACAAGUGGCUGGCCAUCAAGAUUGUCACUGCUCUGCUGCUGCUGGCCAUGCUGGCUCUUUUCCUAUACAGCAUGCCCGGUUACAUGGUCAAGAAAAUGCUGGGAGUUUGAGAUGUCGCUGAAAUGCCUCUGCAGAAGGUUGCAGCAGUUUCACGCACCAAAAGGCUUCUUGCCAAGAUUAAAAAACAAAACAACAACAAAAUGAAAACAUUGUCAUUUGAGAAUGCUUACCGAAAAGCACUUUCCCCAAUAUUACAACCAUUACAAGCAACAAUUUCCUGCAGGAUCAAUAAAGUUCUUAUCUUAUCUUAUCU